AACAAAUGCCACCAAAUUCUAAACCCACGCUACUCUGUAACAAAGACCCCGCGCCCCAGCCCUGCCUCUCCGCUGACUGCAGGGUUUUCUCUUCACCUUCCGCAAGUCUUUACCGAUUUCCAUAAUCAAGAUCUCCUCUCUUUGUUCUCUCUCCGGUAUCUUAACAACCCAAAUAGUUUUUUCUUUCUCAAUACCUCUUUUUGGAGAGAAAGAGAUGAAGGUGACAGUGGAAUCGGGUUCCGGAUGUUUUGGGGACGGAAAACGUUUUCCUCCGGGUUUCCGAUUUCAUCCCACCGAUGAAGAGCUCGUACUUUACUACCUCAAGAAGAAGAUAUGUAAACGGAAGCAGCGCUUUGACGUCAUCAGAGAAAUCGAUGUUUAUAAGUGGGACCCAGAAGAGUUGCCUGGGCUAUCUAAAUUGAAAACUGGUGACAAGCAAUGGUUCUUCUUUAGCCACAGAGAUAGGAAGCCAAAUGGAGCACGUUCAAAUAGGGGAACAAGGCAUGGAUACUGGAAGGCGACUGGGAAGGAUCGUGUCAUCACAUGCAAUUCUCGCCCCGUUGGGGUGAAGAAGACCCUGGUCUUCUAUAAAGGUCGUGCACCGAGAGGAGAACGUACGGACUGGGUGAUGCAUGAAUAUACCAUGGAUGAAAAGGAGCUGAAGAGAUGCAAGGAUGCACGGGAUUGCUAUGCUCUGUACAAGGUGUAUAAGAAGAGUGGGCCUGGUCCCAAAAACGGUGAGCAAUAUGGUGCACCUUUUAGGGAAGAGGAAUGGGAUGAUGAUGAGCUAGUUGUCAAUGGCCUUAUUGACAAUGAGCACUCUGCAAUGCAAGUUAAUGAAACUGUGUCUAUUGAUAAUACCGGGGUUAAUUUUCAACAACAAUCGCCAUUACUUGACCUUGAGGAGCUCCUCAACCGUGAUGAUGAACCUGUAAAUGAAACUGUGUCUUCUGAUAAUACCAGGGUUAAUUUUCAACUGUUAUCCCCAUUACAUGAUCAAGAGGAGUUCCUUAACUGCAAUGAUGAUGAACCCGUAAUUUUUCCGCCUCUUGCUCUUGACAAUGACUGUAUAGCGGAACAUUUUGUGGGUGAGGAAGAAACCCCGAGCAACUUGGUUGAUCAUGGUUUGAGGAACAUUGAUUUACCUGAACAAAGCACAGUCCUCCAACCAUGCAGCAGACAACGUAAUGAGCAAGCCAGUUUUGACCUGGCACAGUCGAGCAUAAGGCCAUUACAAGAACACGACGUACCCCUGUCUACUUUAGCUCCAAAUGAUCAUGGCCAAGAGCUUCAUACAGCUGAACAGGACCUUGAAGAUUUUCUUGAACUGGAUGAUCUAAUUGGUCAGGAACCAGCCUCUCAAACUCUUGAUAAGGCAACAGACAUCAUGGAAGAGCUGCAGUUUGACGGGUUGAGUGAGCUUGACCUUUAUCAAGAUGCAGCCACGUUCCUUCAAGAGACUGAAUGGGAGCAGAUUUCUCGACCAUAUAUGAAUAAUUUAGAGAAUGAAUUCAUAAACCCAAAUUUGAAUUCUGGUCUAAACAACAAUCUUGUGAAUGAAUCUGUGAAUUACCAGGUGCUCGAGUCCCCUUUAAAUAAAGUCAUUUGUCAGCCGUGGAUGCAUGAGCAAGGAUUCAGCCAUUUUUCUGCUACGGAAGCAAAUCUGAGGGUCAUUCCUUCACCUAUUUCAGGUGUGGUACAUUAUAGUAAUUCUUUCAAUCAUUCUACCGAAGCAAAUCAAAAUCAAAGUGGCGAACAAGAUGACGGUACAAACUCGUGGUUCUCUUCUGCUCUUUGGGACUUCGUGGAUUCUAUACCUACGACUCCUGCUUCAGCUUCUGAAAGUGCUUUGGUAAAUAAGGCUUUUGAGCGAAUUUCUAGCUUCCGUAGGAUAAGGUUGAACGCUGGAAACGCUAACGUUGCUACAGGUAAUAAUACCUCUGCAACUUCAAGAAGCUCAAGCAAACCGAUAAGUAUUUUGUGUUUUUCUUUGCUUGGAGUAUUAUGCGCCAUCUUAUGGGUGCUGAUUGGAACAUCUGUAAGAAUAAAUGGUUGAUAUGUAGCUAUCUAUACUUAUAUGUAAAUACUAAGUUUUGAUUUGGUACUUCAUUAGUAUCAAAAUAAUGACCAGUCAAUCGCCUAAAUGCAUUGGCGGUGACUAAAUUUUUAGCAAAAUUUCAUGUUAAUUUCAUUUUGUUUUAAGUUGGUCAUUGAACUUAAGUUUUGUUAUGUCGAUUGAAUUGACUAAUGGAAAAGGUGAUGUGGCAGUCUAA